ACCUGCCCCUUUAACGUUGUGACAAUGGCUGGACUUGUAAACGAGAAUGGACUGAUCUGUUUUUAUUUGCUUAAAAUAAAUGUAUAUGUUUUAAAAUAAGGAAAGGCGUUUCAAAUACCCCAGUGCAAUAAUUUCAAUGAUUUGGCAGUGAUGAUGGAUCAGUCUUCUUCCAGCUGCAGCAGCACCAGUCACUGCCUCCCCAGUCUGCCCAGUAAGGCCAGUAUGAGCAGCAGGCUGGUGCAUGUGGAUUUCCCCGAGGUGCCGGUGUCAUUAUUGGAGAGUCUGAACCAGCAGAGGCUGGAGGGGCAGCUGUGUGACCUGAGCAUCCACGUGCAGGGCCAGGAGUUCAGGGCUCACCGCUGUGUGCUGGCAGCUUCCUCGCCGUACUUCCACGACCAGGUCCUCUUGAAGAACGUCUCCUCUGUGGUCCUCCCCUCUGUCAUGGACCCCCUGGCCUUCGAGAGUGUGCUGGGCUCCGCCUACACGGGCAGACUGAGCAUGUUCACUGACGAGAUCAUCAACUACCUGACGGUGGGCAGCGUGCUGCAGAUGUGGCACGUGGUGGACAAGUGCUCCGAGCUGCUGAGGGAGGGCAGGGGCCAAGGGAACAGUCAGCUCACCGGCAGCAGCAGGGCAGCGGAGGGGGGGGACCAGCUGGGGAACAGCCAGGCAGGCAGGCAGGGAGGGCACUGCUCCAGCCGGGCCAGCGAGAACCAGUCCCCUAGCAGCACCAACUACUUCAGCCCCAGAGAGGCAGGCUCGAGUGGAGGGAGCAGCGUGGGAGCCGGGGGGCUGGCGGGUGGGGCAGCCCGGGGGGACGGGUACGGGAGAGCGGGGGAGGACUCUUUCACCGAAGAGGGCGAGGAGAUGGCGUAUCAGCACAGCUCGAGCUCGCGCAAACGACCCGGCCGCUUCGCCCGCAGGAGGAAGCUGAGGGAGAGCGAGGAGGGGGGGCUGGACUCGGAGCUAGAGGACAGCAGCGGCCCCUCCUCCUCCUCCACCCUGCUUCCGGGCGGAUCGAAACGCCCCGCCUACGUGCAGCCCAGCAUCAUGCCCCGCAAGCAGUGGGUACUGGUGAAGAAGGAGAGGCCAGCUCCCCUAGAGGAUCUGCUGCUGACCUGUGACGACGAGGAGGGGAGUGAGGGGGGCAGGGCGGGGGCAGGGUCAGGAGCACUGGUGUUUGAGGGGGGCAGUGGAGGGGUGUGCCCGUGUUCGAGGGGGGCAGGGGGGCGGGUGGGGGUGCUGGGGUUUGAGGCAGACAGAGAGCGCACUCAGCUCAGUAUCUCCAAUGUCAGGACUCUGUCUGGGAUGGAGAUGCAGUCAGAGCCGGAGCAGGGGAAGGGAGGCGGAGGAACUGGGCACAGAAGAGACCUGCUGGAUGAGCAGGUGAAUUUCUGCGAAUCCUCCGAGGACUACGUCCAGUUCGAGACGGCCAGUGGUCUGACUGGGAGCACUGGUUCGGGCAGCAUGGAUGACCAGAACCAGCCCCACCAACACCUUCACCACCAGCAACUGGGAAACGAAACCAGUAUAGUGAGAAGCAGCAGCAGCAGCGGUGGCGGGGGCAGCAUUGCUAACCAGACAGGACUGCAGUUCAACCCCCAGAGAUCCCUGCUGCCCAUUGACAUGCAGGGCAACCAGAUCGUCGUGUAUCAGCAGCCGAGCCAGGUGGCGCUGCAGCUGGCAGGGGCGGAGCACGGGGCCGUGCAGGUCUCCCCGCACGCGCAGGACGGGGGCAAGAUAUUCAUGUGCCACUGCGGCAAGACGUUCACGCACAAGAGCAUGAGGGACCGCCACGUGAACAUGCACCUCAACCUGCGUCCCUUCGACUGCCCCGUCUGUGCCAAGAAGUUCAAGAUGAAGCACCACCUGACUGAGCACAUGAAGACGCACACCGGCCUCAAGCCCUACAACUGCGACACCUGCUCCAAGAAGUUCAUGUGGAGGGACAGCUUCAUGAGGCACCGCAGCCACUGCGAGCGGAGGAGCGGGGCUGGGGCGGGCUGCGGCGCUGAGGGGCCGGUCCCAGGCGGUCUCCUGCACCACCAGCACGGCAUGGCCGGGGCUGCUACUGGGAGCGGGCUGGUGCUGGGCAGCUCGUCAAGCGGCACUGGGAGCGCUGGUCCCGGUGGGACGGUGCUGGUGGUCUCCCAGCAGGGCGGUGCUGUUAAUAAUAACAACAACGGGGGCAGCGUCACGUAGAGUCUCGUUUGUUAUCAUCGGUGUGUGUUUCUGUGUGGGACUGGGGAGCGAGGGGUGGGGCUUGUAUCCGAGGCAUUAAGGCCGCCAUACACGGGACACGUUGAUAAAGAAUCGUCUGCUGAUAUCACGCGGUAAAAGUCAUUCGUUAUGGUUUGUGCAUUUGCAAAUACUCUUCUGGAAAUACAAAGGUUAAAGACACCAUAGAAAGUGUGAACGUGAGUGAGGGUUGGGUAUUACAAUGUGAUGAUAUUGGAGAUGCACACAUUUUGUGAACUCGCUGGUGCCAGUCUUCCAUUGAUAAAUGAGUUAACCACUCACUUUCCCCAGCAACUCAUCAAGUGUGGCAGGAUCCGUCCUGACAAAACUACUGUAACCACACAAAGCCUGCUGGUGCAGCUCUGCCACUCAGUUCGUAAAAGCCCCCUCUUUCCUCCCUGUUUUGAAUCAUUUCUCUAAAUCAGAUGUUCCUAUACCACUUUCUGCUUUCCAACCUCUUUAUCAUCACAACAGCAACAGCUGCGGAAGCACGUGAAGCCCUCCGUUCUUCAUUGGCCAUGGUGUCUUGCUAGACGACAACAUUGCUCCGUGCAUGGUGGCCUGUAGACAUCCUGUUCUGUUUGCAGGAGGUGAGAGGAGGGAGAAAGGUGAGGAAUAAGAGAGGGUGUUUGGGAUCAGAUUUUAGUCUGUUGCUGGUAUGUUUCUGUUUUUUUUUUUUUUUCUUGGGAGGGAGAGGGGAUGAGAGUGAAGUAGAGGGAGGGGCCCGCCUGCCAUUGAAUGUGCUUGUAAAUAUCCUGUACAGCUCAUAUGAUAACCAUAUAGAUACCUAACACUGUAGAUGUAGGAAUGUGUUGUAUAUUGUGGAAAUACAGAAAAAAUAAGUACAAUCUGCUAUAUUUAGACUGACAAACACUCAUUAAUAAUAAUAAUAAUAAUAAUAAUAAUAAUAAUAAAUAAUAAUAAUAAUACCCCGUCCUUUGGAUGAGAUGUAAAUCCGAGUGUUGUAAGUGACUCUGCAGCAACUGUUGUGAUGUAUAGUUUCGUUUCUAGGGACGAGUUCGAAGGUUCGCUCACUAGCCAGGAAUUCGAAGAUAAAACCUUCGAAGGUUCGUUGACUUGCAUUCACGCAUUGUAUGUUUUCUUUCUUUUUCUGUUAACAAUACAUGAAUACUGUAAAUCACACAUUAAACAUCACUCGCAUGCAACAUUCAAUCUUUUUGAUUUGUAGAAUGCAUAUUACUUAAAAGUUGUUAUUAAAAUCUGCUACCAAAUCAUUAUACAUAGUAACCCUAUAUGGCGCUGCUGCCGUGUAUGGAGCAGGGUACAGUAUCCAGCGCACUGAGGGGUACCUAUAGGGGUUGUAGUGCUUCAGUAAAAUAUGUACUGAAUACCUUGUGUACAAGACAGUGUCAGAGAAGUGCUAUGGUAGAAUGAGUUUGAAAUAUACAAACUAUACGCUAACACUAAUGAUUUUAAUUUCAAAAACAGAGCACUGUCCGUCCCUCUCCCGCUCCAGCUUGUGUUAUCCAGAGGCAGACCUUUCAUUUCUCCAUUCGCUGUCCUGACUGCAAAGCGUUGUGUGGCGUAAGCUGUAUUGAAACUAAUGUCUCGAAACCCCUCUGCUGGCUGGGAUUUUUUUGUUAAAUGCCCAGACGACCAAAAAGAAAGUUGAAUGCAAACUGUGCAAGCAGCCUCAAUUACACGUACGUAAACAACGUGUAUUUUUAUUUAAAUUAUAAAAACAUGAUUGCUGUUCUAUAGAAUGUAUUUUUAAACUACAUGUGAA